AUGACAGUAGAAGACCUGCUGCGCAUCGUGCGCAGCCUGCCACCCGAGGAGUCGGCCGUGGCGGCCGUCAGCCGCGGGCUGUUCUACCUCGACUCGCGCGCUCUUGCGGCCCUGCUGAAGGAGCUUCACAAGGUCGGCCUGUCCAACAGAGCGUCAGAGCUGUUCGACUGGCUGCGUUCCCUCCCGGACAACCACGAGCUGGCGCACCUGUGCGACGUGUACACCUACACGACGAUCAUCUCGCAGUGUGGAAGCCACCAGCAGCUGCGCAAGGCGCUGGAACUCGUUGCGGAGAUGCGCGGCCACGGCGUCGUGUGCAACGUGCACACCUACUCUGCCCUCAUGAACGUCUGCAUCAAGGCGAAUGAGUUGGAGCUGGCGUUGGAUGUGUAUGGGCAGUUGCUGCGCGAGGGGUGCACGCCCAACCUGGUGACCUACAACAUCCUCAUCGACAUCCACGGCAAGAUGGGCAACUGGCAGGAGGCCGUCCAGGUCCUGGACGCCCUCGAGGACCAGGGCACCAAGCCGGAGGUGCGCACAUACAACACGAUAUUAAGCGCAUGCAACCGUAGCGGGCAGCCGGAGCAUGCGCUGCGCGUGUACGAGCGCAUGCUGGCCGACGGCGCGCAGCCCACCGCCACCACCUACACCGCCCUCAUCUCAGCCUACGGCAAGACCGGCAAGAUUGAGGAGGCGCUGCGGAUAUUCCAGGACAUGGUGCGGCGGGGCUGCGAGCGCAACGUGAUAACGUACAGCAGCCUGAUCAGCGCGUGCGAGAAGGCCGGGCGGUGGCAGCUGGCGCUGGAGCUCCUGGACGAGAUGCACCGCGACAACUGCAAACCCAACACCGUCACCUUCAACGCACUCCUCUCCGCCUGUGCCCAGGGGGGUCAGUGGAAGGCGGCGCAAGAUGUGUUUGAGCAGAUGCCGUCGUGCGGGUGCAAGCCGGACGCGGUGUCGUACGCCAUCCUCAUCUCAGCAUUUGACCGCGGCAACCAGUGGUGCCGCGCACUCCAGGCGCUGGAUGAGAUGCAGGGGCAGGGCCACCGACCGGAUGUGGGAGUGUACAACGUGGUGAUAGAGGCGCUGACGCGAUCGGGGGUGCUGUCCGCGCAGCUCAAGGCCGCCCAAAUCUUCCAGGCCGCCACCCGCCAGGGCCAGCUCAGGUGUGACGCCGCCUCUGCAAACUUGCCAUUGCCUGCCAUUGUCAGUAAGGACACUGUACGAGAGGAGCCUGUAAUGGUGCUGUUGACUAAACAUGGUGAUCCUUUGUACAUGGUGGACCAUUGUCCGGAAUGUUUGGAGAGCACCAAUCCUCUUUGCUCAUUGCAUGUGGGAGUCACCUGA